CAAGCCAGCACAGCCACAGCCAAACUUGAUUGAUCGUCGUCACCAAUCACAAAUCGAAUCCCAUCCCACCCACCGGAAAAAUGAUAUAAUUGCCAGCCGGGCCGUACAGCCUGCCGCCAUCGCCGCCGGCCGCCUGUCACCCGUCUCUGGUCUCCUCCUUCAUAUAGCAUGGCACUUGCUAGCACACUUCAUGAAAUUCUUUCAGCAGCUCAGGCGAGAAGUUUCAUGUAUUCACAAGUUGCAGAUUGUGAAGAACCAAUCAUGAGCAGAGAAGGAGAAAUAACAAACCAAUUUCAUUUGAUGAAACUUGGGCGGUGGCAGUGGUGGAUUUUGGUGGCCGUGAACAUCUUCUUCCUAGUCGCAGGACAAGCUGCUGCAGUAAUCCUUGGGAGGUUCUACUACGACCAGGGUGGAAACAGCAAGUGGUUGGCAACCCUUGUGCAAACUGCAGCUUUCCCGGUCCUCUUCAUUCCCUUCUUUCUUCUUGCAUCCGCUAAAGAUUCUUCCGAUUCUUCUACCGCGCCUUCUAUCCGAACUCUCGCAUUGAUCUAUUUCGUCCUCGGAGUGCUCAUUGCGGGUGAUAACAUGCUAUACUCUGUCGGGCUAUUGUACCUCUCUGCCUCCACCUACUCUCUCAUCUGUGCCACUCAGCUAGCGUUCAAUGCUGUUUUCUCGUACUUCAUAAACUCCCAGAAGUUCACCAUCUUAAUCCUCAAUUCUGUCGUCGUGCUGACCUUGUCUGCUUCCCUCAUUGCGGUGAAUGAUGAUUCCGACAAGCCGUCUGGAGUCUCCAAGUGGAAAUACUUCAUUGGGUUCAUUUGCACCAUUGCAGCUUCUGCUAUGUACUCGCUUAUUCUCUCCCUCAUGCAACUGUCUUUCGACAAGUUCAUAAAGAAGGAAACCUUCUCCGCUGUACUAGAGAUGCAGAUCUAUACUUCCCUUGUCGCUACCUGUGUUUCAACUGUGGGCCUCUUUGCAAGCGGAGAAUGGAAUACUCUGCAUGGAGAAAUGGAGGCCUUUGGGAAGGGAAGCCUUGCUUAUGUGAUGACUGUGGUUUGGACUGCUAUUUCAUGGCAGGUAUGUUCGGUGGGUGUCGUGGGCUUGAUAUUUAUCGUGUCCUCUCUCUUCUCGAACGUCAUAAGUACUGUCUCUUUGGCGAUAACUCCCAUCGCUUCGGUGAUAGCUUUUCAUGAUAAGAUGGGCGGGGUGAAGGUUAUCGCACUGCUCCUUGCUUGUUGGGGCUUUGCAAGCUAUAUCUAUCAGAACUAUGUCGACGAUUCUAAUGCGCGGAAAGCUCAGAUUGAUGUGGAUGGAAGCCAAAAUGAUUCCGUCUGCUGAUGAUUUUGGCAAGUAAUUCGAUCUGUAAAUGAUUUCUACCAAAGUUAUUUGUCUUAGGAAAUUUUUUUUGAAGCUAUUAUAUUCUAAGUUGAAGGCAUAUUGAAAUUUCAUUGUCGUAAUUGCCAUUGACAUGGAAGAACGAUCUGUUGUCAAUGGUAUCUGUAGUUUCUUUCCUCAGUAUUACUUUACAUGAUGUGCAAAGCAUGUCGGCAAUUCUUUGAAAUGUAUUUGUUCCUAUUGAUAA